GCAGAACAGCAAAACCUAUAUUAUCGUAAGCGAUUGAAAACCCGUCUCCAGUAUUACUUUCUCCAAUUAUCUCUGCGGUAGCAUCUGAUCUGCAAAAUGAAGCUCUUCUGGUUGGAAGCUGUUCUUCCGCUAGGAAUCAUUGCAGGAAUGCUUUGUGUAGCGGGAAAUGUUCAGUAUUACAUCCACAAAGCUGCUCAUGGCAGGCCGAAGCACAUCGGUAACGAUGUCUGGGACGUGGCCAUGGAGAGGAGGGACAAGAAGAUCGUGGAGAUGUUAUCUGCUGCUCAAAAUUAGGUAUUCAGUUAGGUUCCUGGAUCCUGGUUAGAGGAUGUCAGCCUAUACUGCUUCCAUAAAGAGGAAAGACUUUGGGCUCAUGCUCUUUUGAGAUUAGUAAGCCUCAAGACAAAUUAGGUAUUAUUGAUGUAAUCAUUGUUAGUGAAAUUGACAUAAUGUAAAAGAAGCUGAGAAUAAUUUGAGCUUAUUGCUGUUUUGUCCUUGGGGAAGAAUUCACGAUGUUGGAAGUUUUGAAAAUUCUACGACUGUUGAGUUCUUUUUCAUAUGAUCACCCCUUCCCCUGGGGAAGGAAAGAAAAGGUCUACAAGCACCAUAUUUGUAUAUAUGAGUUCAUGAAACCAUUAGAUAUUGAUCACAUUGGGUGGUUCCUUGAUGUAGACCUGAUGUUAUGUUCUAUGAGGGUGGUGUGUUUUGUCUGAUUGAAUGGGAAUCUGGGCUAGAUUCAAGAGCUGAUACAAGGGAUGAUGGGAUGUUGAACACUAAUGCCUAAUGGUUAAAUAAUAGUAGUGAUAGGGGACUAGUUCAAUAAAUGGGUGUAGUAGCUGAAUGCUGUGUAUUAUGGUUAGUGUAUCUUGCUCUUAAGAUCCAGACUUCAUAGCUUAUCAGCUGCAAGUAUAAAUCUGAAAUCAUGCAUAGGACUUCGAACUGAGAUAAUGGCUCCCACUGUAGAUCCCAUUAAGAGGCAAAAAAUAAUUCUGCACUAAAAAAUACUUUGAUUUCAUUGAAUUAACAUAUUCUGUAGCAACUUUCUUAUCCAUGUUUUUAGAGCUAUAAAACAGCUACUAAAUCUAUACUAACUUGGACUCCUAAGAAAUUAUAUAAAAAUGACUAUUCUUUUCGCUUUUUCCCCCGCAAGAGUAGAAGCUUAUUAUGUAUCAUGGACCAGCUCUUAGCAUUUUAAAAGAAGAUUUAUGAGUAUUCCUACAAGUCUCUUCUUCUUCUAGCCUUCAAUAUCAUGUUUGCGGCUUAUUUUAAAUCUUGUAAUGCCUUUUGUUGAUAUAAAGUAGGUCUAGAAGCAAAUCAAGCAAGAUGAGCAAAUUUUGGCAUGGAUUCCUUGGUGAACACCUAGGUUAUGAUGACAACUGCUAGCACAGUUAGUUGGUGCCUUGCCAAUAUAGUGCAAGCUCCCAGGAGGCCGAGGGUUUGUCUCUCCUGUCUUCAUUGCGUGCAUAAAAAAGGCACCCCUCUUACUCCCUCUAACUCCCUUCCCAAACGAUGUAGAAGUAGGAUGACUGGGAAAAAAAAAACCCUCGUAAGUUGUCCAGAGGAUCCGUCUCCUGGGCAUUUUUUAUAACAAUGCUCGAGCUUCCUGCCACCAUGCCUAACCUGUGUUUUUAUUAUCCCUUCUACUCUGUUCUUCCACAAUUCUGGAUAAGUCUAUUUCACGUUCUCUUUUUAUUUUUUUGAUCUCCUAUUUGGAAGCUUUUUAAACCUUAGAACCCUACUUUUUAUCCACACUCCGUACAUGUCUUAUAAAACCCUUCAAGUCCAGUCUCUACAUAAUUAGUUUCAAGUUUUUUUUUUCCCCCCAUAACAUCAGAUUAUGUAACCGGGUGCUUUCAAAUGAAGAACUUAUUACCAAUCCCACACCCUUGAAGGAGAAGUCUUGCCCUUGUUUUUCUAUUCCUAAAAAAUAGAAGAAGAAACCUCAAAGAAAGAAAAAUAAAUUAAUUUGCAAACAUUGCCUGCGAAGAGCUCGAUGUAAGCAAGCAAGAGCUGUUUACUCAGGAUAUGACAUCCCAAUCACCUCCACCACCGGAAACACCUUUAUAAAACAACCCAAUCCUUGUUGUGGAGAACUUGUAUGCCAGGUGAUUGAAAAAAGCAAACCAAAUUUGGCAGCCAUAAAUCUGGGAAACUGGUAAAAGACUUGGAGGUCAUCCAAAUAUCAGAGAGUGAUGAAGAUGAUGCGGAUUCGCAUCAUUCGCUACUAUGUGAUGAAAUCCAUCUCCUAUAUGGGGAUGAUGUGGUAAGAGACCUUGGUCCUUAAGCUUCGUAUGGUGUUGAUGAUAAAGACAUCGAAAGCAACUAUACUCGGGGGUAUAUAAAUUAUUUGUAACCUCUUUUGUAUAUCCAAUGUCAGAUUACCAUCCUCUUGCUACAUUAAGGAUAAAUGUGUAAUUUAUUUGUGAACUUCUAAUAUCCUGCUGAACCAGAACAAGGUUGGGACUCGGUUCAUCUUGGUCUAAAUGGCCAGACAGGUUAGGUUCAAUCUUGAAUCUGCAUCAAUUCCCCCGGUGUUGAGAAAAACUCACCCUCGAGUUUUGUAAAAUGGGAGAAUCAACACCACUCAAUCAAUGUCCACAAGCAUCGGCCUUGAUGGGGCAAUGAUCCAGCCCAUCUGACAAUCAACCAUCACGAUAUCCUGUACAUGAUAUCUCUCUUAUUAGAAUCUGAUUGUGGGGUUUCGCAUAUGCAAUUGGAUCGUCAAUCAAUUCCUUAACUUCAAUCUUGAUCGGAACGUUUACUUCAUCUUGAUCGCAACUUUCACUGUCCACUUUUUUUGCCACCUUUGAACUGCCUCUGAAGCUUUUAUAUGUUUGACAACUCAUCACAAAAGCGGUCAGUAUUAUGAACAAACUUUCGACAACCUGUCUUGAGAACAAGAGUCUUUGUUUGGAGAUCAUGAUCAAACACCACUCAAUCAAUGUCCACAAGCAUCGGCCUUGAUGGGGCGAUGAUCCAGCCCAUCUCACAAUCAACCAUCACGAUAUCCUGUACAUGAUAUCUCUCUGAUUAGAAUCUGAUUGUGGGGUUUCACAUAUGCAAUUGGAUCGUCAGUCAAUUCCUUAACUUCAAUCUUGAUCAGAACGUUUACUUCAUCUUGAUUGCAACUUUCAUUGUCCACGUUUUUUGCCACCUUUGAUCUGCCUCUGAAGCUUCUAUAUGUUUGGCAACUCAUCACAGAAGCGGUCAGUAUUAUCAACAAACUUUCGACAACCUGUCUUGAGAACAAGAGUCUUUGUUUGGAGAUCAUGAAGUCCCGCUUGCAGACUUCCGUGAAGUGUAUGGAUUUUAUCAAUAAUCAAAUGGAGUGACAUCAACUUCCAUAAUGUAGCCUCAGUUUCAGCUCUGAUACCAAAUUGGUGGCGAUCCUCGGGUUCAUAAACCUAUUGGAAUCACUUAUGGGCCCACACAAAGAGUAGAAAGUUCACAUCAAAGGAUUAGUGGCAAAGCACUAAUAAAUUGAAUUUUAUAAGCAUGAUGGAAUUGUAAUCAAAAGGGGAAAAUCUUAAAUGGGCUAAUGCCAGAAUGAGAGAUUUGCUGGAACUCAGAAAAGACCAGUAUGAUGGGACUGAUUCUUUGGUCAAAUGGUCAAUUUAAUUAGAUCGGAAUCCAAUGGUCGGAUCUGGAGUUUCAAAGGGGCUUAAAAUGUAGCAGGUAGUCCCAAAAUAGAAACUCAAAUUCAAAUACUGUAGUGAGACUCUCAAAGUAGAAACUUAAGCCCAAAAAAUAAACAGAAUUCAAAUUUGGUGACUCAGAAUUUUAGAAAGCAGAAUAGAAAUCAAACUCAGAAACAUAUUUGAAAUUAUAACUGGAACAAAAUAGAAAGUGACCAUUUAUCUGGUUUAGAAACUGAAGUCGCAGACUGCAGUAACAACAGAUGGACUUAGAAAAUAUGCAGAUAUGGAAAUAGAAACUUCAGGAAUUUAGAAAUUGUAACUGAACCCUGUUUAAUAACUGCAAUAGCAGAACUUCAGAAACAGCACACACAUGCCUCACUAGAACUAGUGGCUGAUGUUCCAAUAGGAUCUCAGAACCAACUGUGUGACGUAGAGUUCAGAAACUGAUCUUAAUGACUGAAGAAAAAGAAGAGAGAAAAAAAAAUGUAGAAGAUAAAAGAAUAGAAGAAAUGAUAUGAUAGGCCUCUCACCUAACUGUGGAGAAGGAAUUCCACCAACUCCAACCUUGGUAUCCCACCGAGGUUCUCUACGACAUCCCACAGUAGAGCAGUUUUGAAUCCCACAAAAUCAUGAUCCAUCUCUCACAGAACUCACAAGGUCAGGACUAAUCUUUUUUCUCAAAUAGUUGGUAAUGGGUAUGAUCCCUUUCUCUAUAUUUGUAACUUCAUGGAAUCAAGUAAAAUAGGAAACCCCUAUGUAUGGUAGGGGGAAUCCCGUACUACUAAAGCCUCACUUCAUAAUAGAAGCUAUUCUAGAACUACAAAAUAGAAACUAACUAUUUAAUCCUGUAUAAGACUUAAACUCCCUAAUAUUUGGGCUUGGGGAGAAACACCUUGCUUGUAGAAACCCCUUCUUGCAACAUUCAGCGUUCCAUUGGGUUCCUAAAAAUUGGCAAAGAAGAGGUGAAAAGAAGGCCCCGAGAGGACAGUUCAAAUGGAGGAUGGAGAAUGAUAAGGAGUACAGCACAAUCCAUCAGAGGUAUCUGCCUCUUUUCUUAUUUUUCCUUUUCCUUUUCCUUUUCCUGAAAGUCUUUGUGUUUUCUUUUCUUCCCCCCCCCCCCCCCCCGGCAGCAGACAUUUGAUUGAGAUCUCAACAAACCUUUUCAAAAUCGGGGUAGGGGUAGGAUCAAGUUGAGAAACCAAACCGAAGAGAGUCUGAAGAAGCGUAGCCCAUGAGUGCAUCUUGGUAGAUGCAGAGAUGGGGGAGGGUGAGGGGGAUUCAGAGGUGGGGGCAGAGAACAAGGGCAAUUUAGGGAUUUAAAAUUAGCAUGGGAGAAAGAGAAGAGAAAGUUUGCUUUUCUGGAGGGGAAUCAGAAAAGAAAAUUUUUUGGGCAGGGGAGUUGAGUAAGUAUGGGUUCAGUAUAGGGGAGUGAUAGAAAUUUUCCUUUUUCUUAUUGGAACUAUGCUAGGAAAAUUAUAACUCCUUUGCAGCCUCUUUCAAUUUAUUGAAUCACAACUUGGCCUCUUAGGUUUUCUCUCCCUCCAUUUUCUUCUCAAAUGGAAACCCUAUUUUGCACUUCUAUUGUUCUCUUUCUUUCUUAGAGUGAAACCUAAUCUUUUGAUGUUUCCCCUGAAAAAUCUAAUUGCCCCUCUCCAUCUCCUUUUGUUAUUAUUUUGUUUAAAAUCUGUAACUCACGUGGGGUGUGUGCCCCAUGGAUGAGGCAUUAAAAUGGCAUGAGGCAUGCGCCUCUCUUCACAAUCAUUUAUGCUUCACAAGCAUAUAAAUUUUCUGUAUAUGCUUCCUGGAGUCUUCUUGGUGCCUUUUCCUGAGGCAUGCCUUGGACACUUUUGGAACAUUUCUUAAUCUUUAGGUUUUGGAGAGCUUGUAAUUACUACAUGGACUCUCUGCUUUGAAAAUAAUUAACUUGAGCUCUGAACUCUGAAGAGUUGUAAAUCCAUACUACCACUUUUAGUAUUUUCAGAAUUCACUUCCAGCCCUUUUGGGCCACUGUCCUGAUCUUCAUUUGAUCAUGAUAUUUGAUCUCUUACCAUUUGGAAUGGUGGACAUUACUUGUCUUUUUAAGAUUACCAAUGUACCUGUAUUAAAUUGGUAUCUGGUUCACGAAGUGUAGUUCAAUACAUGAUGAAAUACUGCAGAUCAGUGUACUGGUCUAAAAGUGGUUAACUGGAAAUUUUAAAAAACAAAUAAAUUAAUGGCACUCAAUCAUCCUACUGUCACUGAAGAAAGUUCUAGCAGAUUAUUGCGAGUGUUUCACAGGGCUAGAGUUCAUUGUCUUUGAAGUUGGAUACAUUUUUAACCAAGGAGAUCAAGGUGAUUUUCCAUGAGUUUACAUAAGCUUUAAAAUUGUUUGCAUAUGCACAUUUUAGUUUCUUGUCCUUAAUAAUUCCUUUCAUUUGUGGCUUGUUUCUUUCAAUGCUGGCAAAGGCACAUCCAAUACAAGUGACAGACAUAAAAGGAAUUAAAACAGGAAAAUAAAGAUAGAAGAGACAACCAAAAAUUAAAGAAAAGUCAGCACUGUGUAAUUAUUUGAUUAGAGACGGUUUUUGCAUCAGUCUCUCUGAUAUUGUAACACCCCUAUACCUUGUUGGGCCCACUGAUUAGAAGAAGAUUCUCUUUGGGGUUGGGGAAGGGGUAGGAGUUCAAAGUUUGAACAAAAGAACUGUUGAUCUGUACCUAUUUACAGUUCCAUUGACACAGAGGGGGUGAAAUGACACCCCCACCCCUGUGAAAUACAAUAACCCCACUCCCUGUUGAUUUCCCUGUUGAUACUUAUGUGUGCCCCCUCAUUGGCCCCUGUACCAGGCCCCUGUGCUGGUGCAGGGGUCGCACAACCAGGGAGAGAUCUUUUCCCCAUAAAUUAUGUUUCACCAGAAACUGACCUUUUUCUUUCAGGAAAGAGGGUGAGAUUUUGCUUAAUUUGAAAAAAGAUAAGAAUCUAGUCAGCAGAGGAUAUAUUGUUCGGUGGUGGUUAUAAACUAUCUAGAAAACGAGUAAUUGACAGUAGAAUAGAAGUGAAUAUUUUUGGCAUCCUCAUCUUCUCAUCCAUGCCAAAUAUUAUAGCCAAUGUAUGAAUUAAGCUUAUGAUAUUAUGUGGUAAUGCAGGAGUAUUGUCGUUGGAAUCGUUUGAUCUUUUGGAAGGGAA